UGUAUGCAGCUGGGUCUGCCAGCUUCCCUGAAUGCCAACACCUUCUCAGUAAAGACCAGGAGCUCUGGAGUGACUCUUGGGUCUAAAGCUGUAAUUAUACACAGCAAUUGUCGGAAAGCUGACCCUUUGUCUGUUUGCAGGACUUUGUUUCAGUGGAAUAGAACAGGAGCAUAUGUUUUUUCACACCUGUGGCAAGGUGAGCUCUUGAAUCAGUCCGGCAAGUCUCCACUCAUAAUUAUCAGAAUGGAGCUUCAGAAGAUGAAUGGACACAGUCGAGAUGAUGGGUUUGAUGGCUUGGAUGCCAUGACUGAACAUGAGGAGUUUCUUCCACACAAAGCCGGGACCAAAAAAGAAACCCACUUUACAGAUUUUGAGGGGAAGACUUCUUAUGGAAUGUCCAUUUUUAACCUCAGUAACGCCAUAAUGGGAAGUGGAAUUCUGGGAUUGGCCUUUGCAAUGUCUAACACUGGAAUCAUUCUUUUCAUAAUCCUGCUUGUGUUCAUUGCUAUUCUAUCGGCUUAUUCGAUCCACCUGCUGCUGAAAAGUGCAGGAGUUGUUGGCAUCCGAGCCUAUGAGCAGCUUGGAAACCGAGCUUUCGGUCCCGCGGGGAAGAUUUUAGCAGCUGUUAUCAUCACAGUACACAACAUUGGAGCGAUGUCCAGCUACCUCUUUAUUGUCAAGUCUGAGCUCCCGCUGGUAAUUCAGGCUUUUCUCGGCAGACAUGAAAACACGGGAGAAUGGUUCUUGAAUGGAAACUAUUUGAUCAUCAUUGUUAGCGUUGCCGUCAUCUUUCCUCUUGCACUCAUGAAACAACUUGGUUAUUUGGGUUACACAAGUGGCUUCUCCCUUUCCUGCAUGGUGUUUUUCCUCUUUUCGGUGAUUUAUAAGAAAUUCAACAUCCCGUGUCCACUGGAGGACAGUCAUAACCACACAUCUCUCACUGCUGACAACUACACGCUCACUGAGGGCGAUGAAGACUUCUGUGAUGCCCGGCUCCUUACCGCCAACUCACAGACAGCGUACACCAUCCCAAUUCUGGCCUUUGCAUUUGUCUGCCACCCUGAGGUGCUUCCCAUCUAUACGGAGCUGAGAGAUGCCACCAAGAAGCGUAUGCAGAAUGUGGCCAACAUCUCCAUCCUGGCCAUGUUCAUCAUGUACCUGCUAACAGCUCUUUUUGGCUACCUCACCUUCUAUGGUGCCGUGGAGUCGGAGCUGUUGCAUACUUACAUCCGUGUGGACCCCCUGGAUGUCCUGAUGCUCUGUGUGCGCCUGGCUGUGCUCAUGGCGGUCACUCUGACUGUGCCUGUGGUUCUCUUCCCGAUCCGCAGAGCCAUUCUCCAGAUCGCAUUCCCUGACAAACCUUUUCACUGGGCCAGACACAUCGCCAUCGCAUUCCUCCUCAUGUUUUUGGUCAACCUGCUGGUCAUCUUUGUGCCCUCAAUCCGGGACAUUUUUGGACUCAUCGGAGCAACAUCCGCCCCCAGCCUCAUCUUCAUCCUGCCUGGAAUCUUCUACAUACGAAUCAUUCCGCCUGAACAAGAACCCUUUUUGUCAAGACCCAAAAUUCAGGCUGCAUGCUUUGCUGCUGUGGGAUUCAUCUUCAUGAUUGUGAGCUUGUCAUUCAUAUGCAUGGACUGGGUUAGUGGAGAGAACCGAGGCGGAGGUGGACACUAGACACCUUGAGUGGCCCGGAGGUCCCAACAAUAACAGUGUGUGAACCCAAGCCCUCCCUUUCCCACCCUUUAACCUUGAUUGUUCUCCAGCAGCCAAUCAGCACAUGCUAACAUACAUUGACCCCUGAAAGGGUCGCAACAAUGGAGGAGAGAACACAGAAGCAUUUUCUGACUGAAAUCCCGCAAUAAGGAUAGUGCUUGUGGCAAAAAAAAACUAAACAAAAACACAUGACUCAGAUGGGAAUCCCAUGAUGGAGGAUGUGCAUGUUCCGUGGAAAAGUUACGCAGACUUCAUCAUAUUUGCAGGAUGUCUGGUCAAACUGUUGCAGUUCAAAGUAAAUUCGACAUUUAAUUUGGCACGCAAAUGUUGGUGAAUAACUUGAUGAAUGGUGAAAUGUGCCGCCUGAACCAGUGUGGGUUGUUGCCAUGGUAACCAUUUUCAACACAACGCACGUUUUGUUGAUUGAUGUGACGGUGUCGUAACCUACUCUGACAGUUGUGUAAACCGUGCAACGUAAAGUGAUGCAAUUUGUGGGCUUUUGCUGCUAUAAAUGAAGGUCAGCAGACAGAUGCUAUCGUCUGAUGUCAGCAACCAAACAAUGCAGUUACUGUACAGGACAAUAUUGAGAUAUGGAGUGUGACGCAGACGCUGUUCAGCAUCAACAACAUGUGGCUUUUAACACUGCGUUAGUCAAACACUAUUUUGUUUUUCAUACUCGUAAUUCCUUGUUGGCAAAUGUUGUUCCCGCCCAGGACGUUCAUGACUAGGAGAGGGUGUUUGGAGUGGGGUCGAAAUAUUUUAAUGAUGUACAUCUUUUUUUCCCCAUUGAUUUUGAACUUGGGCAGCACGGUGGUACAGGGGUUAGUGCAUGUGCCUCACAAUACGAAGGUCCUGGGUUUGAUCCUGAUCUUUCUGUGUGGAGUAUGCAUGUUCUCCGGCUUCCUCCCACCUCCAAAGACAUGCACCUGGGGAUAGGUUAAAGUUAAAGUACCAAUGAUUGUCACACACACACUAGGUGUGGGGAAAUUUGUCCUCUGCAUUUGACCCAUCCCCUUGAUCACCCCCUGGGAGGUGAGGGGAGCAGUGGGCAGCAGCGGUGCCGCGCCCGGGAAUAAUUUUUUUGGUGAUUUAACCCCCAAUUCCAACCCUUGAUGUUGAGUGCCAAGCAGGGAGUCAAUGGGUCCCAUUUUUAUAGUCUUUGGUAUGACUCGGCCGGGGUUUGAACUCACAACCUACCGAUCUCAGGGCGGACACUCUAACCACUAGGCCACUGAGUAGGUUGAUUGGCAACACUAAAAAAAAUGGCCCUAGUGUGUGAAUGUGAGUGUGAAUGUUGUCUGUCUAUCUGUGUUGGCCCUGCGAUGAGGUGGCGACUUGUCCAGGGUGUACCCCGCCUUCCACCCGAAUGCAGCUGAGAUAGGCUCCAGCACACCCCGCAACCCCGGAAGGGACAAGCGGUAGAAAAUGGAUGGAUAGAUGGAUUUUGAACUUUUGUCUAUACAUCUAUUUAAGUGCUCCUAACUCCUGAUUGGUAAUCUCAGUAUAGGUCAUCAGGAAAUCGAUAUCGCCGUUUGGGUUGUUCAAAACGCCCUUGGUGACUAACGCAGGGUCACAUGUCAAAUAAGUCUGUUCUUUUUUUGUCUGUAAAUUUUGACUAAAAAUAUUUUAAGAUUGUUUGUUAUUCUUGUAUGUUGUUAAAUUAAUUUCACUUGAUUCUGUCAA